AAUGCGUUAAUGUUUGUAAACAAAUUGUGACGGUUGUUUACACAGUCUUUUCCCCAGUCACUGUACUUUAAAACGUAUUUGAAGGAAUCACAAUAUGAGUUUCACGGCACCAGUUCUGGUCGCAGCCAUUGAUUUUGGUACAACCUUCUCUGGGUAUGCAUUUUCAUUUCGUCACGAGUUUGAGAAAGACCCUCUCAAAAUCAGUGCCUGUAACUGGAUAGCUGGAAAUCAAGCAUUAGUUUCUCUAAAGACACCGUCAGUGGUUCUGCUGAAACCGGACAAGACCUUCCAUUCUUUUGGAUACGAAGCAGAAAACAAAUACGCAACGCUAGCAGAAGACGAUGAACAUGAAGGAUGGAUGUACUUCAAACGCUUCAAGAUGACUCUCCAUAAGAAUAAAAGUCUCAGACGAACCACCACAAUAAAGGAUAUAAAUGACAAGGAAAUGCCUGCGAUGGCUAUCUUUACGAUGGCUAUUAAGUACCUUAAAGAUCACCUGAUAAAAACUUUGAACACCCGAGUGGACAGUUUUACCGAUGACCUAAUUCGUUGGGUACUUACUGUUCCCGCCAUUUGGGAUGAAGGUGCAAAACAGUUCAUGACGGAAGCGGCAGUAGACGCUGGUAUUGAUAGAAAGCACUUGGUUUUAGCCUUGGAGCCAGAGGCGGCCUCCAUCUAUUGUAAUCAUGUCCCUAUAGGAGUCAUGUCUGUCAAUAAAGGAAAAACUGAAUCGUACAAGUUCAAACCUGGAACGCGAUAUAUGGUUCUGGAUUUGGGAGGAGGAACAGCGGAUAUAACAGUACACGAAGUACAGUCAAAUCAGGACCUGCGCGAAGUCCACCAUGCCACCGGUGGAGCGUGGGGUGGAACCAAAGUGGAUGACGCCUUCUACCAAUUUUUGGUGAAACUCUUUGGAAACGAUGUUCUCACAAGGUUAAAGACAGAUAACAUGGACGAUUAUAUUUCACUCUUUCGCGAUUUUGAAACAAAGAAGCGUACCGUCAAACCAGAUUUAGAAGAUAAAAUAACCAUAACGCUGCCACUGCGUCUACUAGAGAUAUUUAAGGAAGAAACAGAAGAAACUUUGGCAGAGGCACUGCCACAGACGAGAUACGCAAAGAAAGUCAUAUUUAAGGCCGGAAAACUGCGAGUGGAUCCCGACAUUUUCAAAGAUUUUUUUAAAGAUACACUACAAGGAAUAAUUCAGCACGUAACAGAAAUCGUAAACUUGUUUGAAGGAGAGUCUCUGUCUAAAAUUCUCCUCGUUGGCGGGUUCUCCGAGUCGCCUAUGGUUUUAAAAGCAAUAAAAGAAUUAUUCCCAGACAAGAAAGUUAUUGCCCCUGCUGACCCUGGACUAGCCGUCUUAAAAGGCGCUGUAUUGUUUGGUCACAUGCCAAGCGUUAUUUCUUCAAGAAUCAGUCGCUUUACUAUUGGAUUCGAAGUCUGUGUACCCUUCAUCGAAGGCCUACAUCCAAGUAAAUACAAAAUUAAAAGACCCACUGACAAUCAGGCAAUGUGUCAGCAUAUCUUUGAGGCAUUAGUGCAGAAAGGAGAGGAGGUUCCCAUUGGUCAUAAAAUCGAAAACACGUAUACACCAAAUGAAGAAGAUGCCGUGAGCGGAAUAGGAAUUUUCCAGUCAACUUCACAAAAUCCCACUUAUACCACUGAGAAAAACUGUACCAAAGUAGGCGCUAUAAAGCUUCGACGACCAAAUGGAGGCUGGUCUGAAGAUUCUUUGAUCCACGCUGUAGUUGAGUUCGGGGGUACUCAGUUCGACAUUGCUUUGACAGAUGAUUGCCUUGAUGAAACAUACAGGCACUCAUACGAUUUCCUUCGAAGUUAAUUCCCAAACAAUUAUCACGCGUAGUCAGAUUUUAUAUUAAACUUUCAGUGUACUAUCGGUAUAUUUAUUUUUGGCCGUCACUAGUUCUUAGUGCUUUUUCUCAAUGCUUUAAAUAUGAGGAAAAUUGCAAGAACACCCGAGUCAGAAAAUUUUUAUAACUUUUAAUAUGAAGUUAUUUAUUCUAUCAAUUUUCUGUAAUUUUUCUAUAUGUUGAUAUAGAGUAAUGCAAUAAACAAAUAAACGAUUCAUUCUAUUAUUAUGCCCUCCUUCGAAGAAGGGAGGGCAUAUUGCUUUGCUGUCUGUCGGUCGAUCUGCUAGUCCAUUUAGUUUCCGUUCAUUUUCUUCACAACCGUUGCACGUACUGAAAUGAAAUUUGGUAUACAGAAUUAUCAUAUGAAUAUCUAGGUCAAGUUCUGUUUUAUGUACGAUCGCGCCAUUUUUAUUAGAGUUAUGUCCAUUGGACUUCCACUUAUUUGCAGUGUCCGUUCAUUUUCUUCACAGAGGUUGCACAUAUUGAAAUGCAAUUUGGUAUACAGAUUUAUCAGCUGAAUAUCUACAAUAUCUGGCCAUAAUACAGUACGCAAAAUGGCCUCCGUUUCAAUAAAAUGUUUUAAAACCUGA